UCGGAUCCCAAAUUUCAAACCCCCUAAAACCCCCCCCAUUUAGGGUUUGAUCUUCCAAACACAUACUCUCAAGACAAUGUAUGGAAGCCAAUUCGACGGCAGCGCUGCCUUCUCCGGCGGUGGAUUCAUGCCCUCUCAGGCCACCCAGGCCCCUGAUUCCUCUUUCUCUCCCUCCAAGAAUCGCGAUAUCCAGUCCUUACUUCCACUGACUGUGAAGCAGAUAAACGAGGCUUUCUUGUCGAGCGAAGAUAAAUCUAAUUUUACUAUUGACGGUGUUGAUGUGAACAAUGUUACUCUAGUUGGAAUGGUAUGCAACAGAACUGGAAGAGUUACUGAUGUUACUUUUAUACUUGACGAUGGGACUGGAAGGGUUGAGUGUAACAAAUGGGUUCAAGAAUCUGUAGACUCAAAUGAAGUGGAGGGAAUUUUGGAUGGAAUGUAUGUUCGGGUGCAUGGACAUUUGAAAGGUUUUCUAGGAAAGCGGAGCUUAAAUGUUUUCUCUAUAAGGCCUGUCAGUGACUUUAAUGAGAUUGCAAGCCAUUUCAUUGAUUGCAUAUACGUCCAUAUUUAUAAUACCAGGUUACGGAAACCUCAAGGUGGUGUUACCACACAGCCACAGAUAGCAAAUUCAAGUAGUACACCUUUGAAAGGGUACCAAGCUGCCCCACCAAACCAAUUUUCUGGUCAACAUAAUGUUGAUGGACAGAAGAGCAUUGAACAAAUGGUCUUAGAUUUCUUGCAGCUGCCUUCAUCCAAUGUAGAUGAAAAGGGGGUGCACUGUAACGUUAUUGCCCAUCAAUUAAGAGUUUCAGCGGAUAAGCUCAUGUUGGCUAUUCAAAAUCUUGUAGAGGAAGGUUUGAUUUACUCUACAACUGAUGACUUUCACUUUAAGUCAACCAUCAAUGGUUGACUUCUCCAAUGUACAAAUUACAGCAAACUAGGUCCAGGACGUCUUUAGCCUCUGGUUUAUUUUGCAUUGUCACAGCGUGAUAGCCUUUCUGCAUGUGGGAGACAUUGGAUAGAGUAUUCUAAUAGCCAUGUGUCGUUCGUUUUAGCAAAUUCUGAGUUUUUUCAUGAAUGUCACCUAUCUUUGUUGUUUUUA